AUGCAACAAUCAGAGGAGAUCAGGAUGAGAAGUACGCAACCUUAAAUUAGUAAAAAAAUCUAACCUAGACAAAAGAUGUAAGCUACUUAUCAAUCAAUUAAUAAAUCCAUCUAGAAAUAUCUUAUGCUUAAAAGAAGUAUCAAUAAAAAAUGUCCUACUAAUCCAAACAAUAAAGAUUCGAAGUUCUCAUUCAAUGAUAGUACUAGGAUGUCCUUGAAUCUGUCAGUUAAGCCUGAUUGUGGCAGGAGUAAAUUAAGAAGUUCUAUAUAAGAGCAGGAUAAUACAAUUAUUGAGGCACAACCUGAAGUUGAAAUAGUUACUAUGACAAUGAUUUAGCAGCAGCCUUCUUUAGAAUUCAAGGAAUUGAGGAGGGAAACAUAGGAACCUAGCCAGAAAAUUAUCAAGCUUUACAGAGUUGAUCAGGAUAGUAGUGAGGAGGAUGAAGAAGAAAUUCCUGAGGAGCAUGAUUAAGAUGGGAACACAUCUAUUAUAGGAAAAGUUAAGCAAGGCACAAAACUUAAUUACUCUCCAUAAAAGACUAAUCAAAUAUGUUAGUCUUUGCUUUAGGUCCAAACUUGUUCUGUGAUUGAAAAAUAGAAGUACUUGACUUUAAAUACUGAUUAUUACUCAGGCUCAGUUGAUUAAUAUUCAUCAAGGUAGUAAUGGCCAGAAUCAUCGCAGCAAAUAAGAAGCAGCAGACCAAACUAUUAAAACUUUUAGUCUUAAAUAUUUAACCAAGGAAUUAAAAGUCUUUAAAAAAAGAGAAAGAUGGUCGUUCAUACUGUCUAAGCAUCACCAAAAUAUCACAAUGAGUAACUUACUAUAGACACUGAAUCUGAUUAAAGCAAUAAUAAGUAACUUUCUGGAUUCGAUAGAUUUAAAAAUAUGGUAAUAAAAAGCUAUCUAUCUCCUUAAAAUCAUUCGACAACUGCAGAUCACUUUCAAUUUAAUUUCAGCUUGAAAAAUAUCAAGAAAAUGACGAAAAAGGAGAGUGACAAGAUGUUCUCUAGGCUAAUGAACUACCAGAAAAAGAAGGAUGAAGCAAUAGACAAAAUUAAAAAGACUUUGAUAAUCAAAGAGUAAGAGGAAGUACAAGUUAUUUAAACGAUGCAUUAAUAGAAAAUAAAAAAGAAAGAGCUUUAAAAGUGUUUUGAGAAUCUCAGCAACGAUGCAGACCUUAGAAAGAAAAAGUAUUAGGAUGCAAUCUAAAAGAAGAAGGUUGAGAUUGAUGACUAGCUGAGCACUUACUUUAAACCUUAGCUUAUUGCAAAAGAUCCUCGAAGUGAUAGUGGAAGAUCUAGAUAUUCCAAUUCUAGAGAUAGGGUAUCUGGUUCUCAUUAAAGAAUAAUUGACGGAGUUCGUAACGGUAACAUGUAGACCGGGGGUGAUAUGAGUGAGUAUGAGCAGAAAAAAAGUGUAUUUGAAAAACUUUAUGACUCUACAGAUGUAUUUAAAUAUGGAUAGCUCAAAGAAAUGAGAAAAACGCUCAAGGAAAAAUAUUAGAAUUUUGUUUAAUAGUAUUACUGA